CUCACACACACGCACUCCAUUAUCUUGUUGGAUGUGGUCGAUGUUUCGGAGUGUUACCAAGCGGGACAAUGAAAACCGAAAGCAGGCUCGUGCAGUGGAUAUGUUGGCUCACCGUUAUAACAUCGUUUUUCCUGACCGGGUUUAUAAUAGGUGAGUUAUAAUGCCAUUUCAGGCGCUGAUUAUACACAUUUUCAGAAGUUAAAGUUUCCUUUUACUGGCGAAUGAUAGUUGUAGUGGAAUUUUAACCAUUUGUUACUUUUGCAUAUCAUAGUGGAGUUUAUAAUAAUACCAAGUUUAUUAACUAUAAUAUGCAUCUGUCUGGGGCAACGGUUUUAUUUUUUUGGCGCGCGCCGAGAAAGGCAUAUUAUAGUUCGCAAGGCACCUUUUCAAACGUCCGAAGUCGCUGUGUGUUACUAGUAACAGACUGAAUAUGAAAAAGUAGUCUUAACACAGGGUUACAAAAAAAGUGCUUAUUGUCUUGUCAAUGAACACGUUUAGGGGAUUCUGAUGAGUCCACUCCUGAGUGGCGCAGUGGUCUAAGGCACUGCAUCGCAGUGCUAACUGUGCCACUAGAGAUCCUGGUUCGAAUCCAGGCUCUGUCGCAGUCGGCCGCGACCGGGAGACUCAUGGGCGGCGCACAAUUGGCCUAGCGUCGCCCAGGGUAGGGGAGGGAAUGGCCGGCAGGGAUGUAGCUCAGUUGAUAGAGAAUGGCGUUUGCAACGCCAGGGUUGUGAGUUCGAUUCCCACGGGGGGCGAGUAUAAAAAAAAAAAAAUGUAUUCACUAACUGUAAGUCGCUCUGGAUAAGAGCGUCUGCUAAAUGACUAAAAAUGUUAAAAAAAAAUGAUGAGGAAACAACAGAGUACAGUGGUAUAAGCGCACACAAGUGACCAUAUGUGACUAAAUUCCUCAGUCAGCUCUGAGAUGAACUGUGACCUACAUGUAUUUUAGAGUUUGGAAGAGACAGGAAUGCACAAUGAUCCACUUCGUGAAUGUGUGUGUGUGUGUCACACUGUCAGGGUUAUGCCAGAGUCUACUCCUCCACAAGCACAGAUCACAUCUGCUGACCUUUCUACCUUCUCUGUUACUAGCGUCAUAACACAUGACAGACACACACUCACACUAAAAGCUACAUUACUACAGUAUGGUGUUACACAAUAACAAUAUUUAUCUGGCAUGGUACAUUGGACAGUGAAACAGCCCUAGUAAGUAGCCUAUGGGUGAUUCAGGGCCCCUACCUUCAGGCCAUAAGACUAUAGUUAACCCCUGGCUGUCUAUCUGCACAUACCUGCCGUCCACAGGCACCUUAAGACUAUUUGCAUAGACUCUCUGCAUUCCCAGUUCACACACACGCACAUGCACACACACACACACACACACACACACACACACACACACACACACACACAGACAAACACACAUAUACAGUCUCACACACUACUGCUGCCUGUAUUUAUUAUAUACACCACUGUUGCUCCAGUCACUAUUCCCUUUACUACUCGUCUAUAACACUGAAUCAUAUUCACACUAUAUUCUGUACAUUUUAGUUUUUAUUACUUUAUUUUUUUAUUACUUUGUCUACUUUUUGUAUACUUUGUUAUUAUUGACAGUGCUAUUGUGUUAUUAUUGACAGUGUUAUUGUGUUAUUAUUGACAGUGUUAUUGUGUUAUUAUUGACAGCGUUGUUGUGUUAUUAUUGACAGCGUUAUUGUGUUAUUAUUGACAGUGUUAUUGUGUUAUUAUUGACAGCGUUGUUGUGUUAUUAUUGACAGUGUUAUUGUGUUAUUAUUGACAGCGUUAUUGUGUUAUUAUUGACAGUGUUAUUGUGUUAUUAUUGACAGCGUUGUUGUGUUAUUAUUGACAGCGUUAUUGUGUUAUUAUUGACAGUGUUAUUGUGUUAUUAUUGACAGUGUUAUUGUGUUAUUAUUGACAGAGUUAUUGUGUUAUUAUUGACAGUGUUAUUGUGUUAUUAUUGACAGUGUUAUUGUGUUAUUAUUGACAGUGUUAUUGUGUUAUUAUUGACAGUGUUAUUGUGACUGCUGUAGUCUUACUGCUUGUUUAUGAUUUACUGCAAUGUUGAGGACGCUCGUAAGCAUUUCAAUGCACAGUUUCAUUUCAUUGUGUUGUAUCCUGUGCAUAUGAAUAAUACACUUUUAUUUGAUAUACAGGGAGAGUGAUACUGAGUCUGUCUGUCUGUCAUGGUGGGUGCUUUAAGUCUGUCUGUCAGUCAGGGUGGUGUAUUAGUUUAUAUAACAUAACAUGCCUGUGUGUGUGUGUGUGUGUGUGUACCAGGCUGGUUUGCGAGGCCCAGCAGUACAGACACAAGCCAUGAUGAAGGGUCCAGACGUUACCUGAGAGAGUUUCUGGAUGAGAUGCGACCAGAGAACAUCAGAGACCAUCUCAGGUACACAAUACUAGAACCCUGUUCCUCCACUACACACGCAGGUCGGCCUAUUAACACUCAAUCACACUCCCCCUCUCCUCCUCUUCUUACAUUAUUUCUUUCUUUUUUUAUUUAAGGUGGUAGAUCACCUUUAAUAUUGCAGAUAGAUUGUAACUUCCAUCAAUGUAAUUGUCUGCAUCACUUCCAAUACCACAUAUGUUUUUUUUUUUCAAGCAAAUAUAUAUACACAGUAUACAUAUACACAUCCUUUAAAAAAAUAUAUUUCCCUUUAUUACUUUCCUCUUCUUACAUUUUAGUCAUUUAGCAGACACUCUUAUCCAGAGCGACUUACAGUAGUGAGCGCAUACACUUUUACUUUUUCGUACUGGUCCUGCGUGGGAAUCAAACCCACAACCCUGCGCAUGCUCUACCAUCUGAGCCACACGGGACCCCUUCGUCUCUGUAUCUAACACCUCUCUGAGAGAGAUAUGCGAGAGAGAGAGAGAGAGCGAGAGAGUACGAGAGAGAGAGAGCGUAGAGAGAGCUGAGGGAGAGUAGAUGAGAGACUAGCAGUCGAGCUCGCUCUCUCUAGAAGAUGAGCGAGAUCUCUCUAUCCUCUCUCUCUCUCUCUCUCUCUCUAUCUCUCUCUCUACGCUCCUCUCUCUCUCUCUCUCUCUCUCUGCAGGAAGUUCACCCGGUUACCCCACCUGGCCGGUACAGAGCAGAACCUCAGAUUGGCUGAACAGAUAAAAGGGGAGUGGCUAGAGUAUGGUCUGGACUCAGUAGAGAUGGUGCCUUAUGAUGUGCUGCUGUCAUACCCCAACACAUCACAACCCAACUACAUCUCUAUAGUAGACCAGCUGGGCAAUGAGGUACACUCACUCACUCACACACUCACUCACACACUCACUCACUCACUCACUCACUCACUCACUCACUCACUCACUCACGCACUCACACACUCACUCACUCACUCACUCACUCACUCACUCACUCACUCACACACUCACUCACUCACUCACUCACUCACUCACUCACUCACACACUCACUCACUCACUCACUCACUCACUCACACACACACUCACUCACUCACUCACUCACUCACUCACACACUCACUCACUCACUCACUCACUCACACACUCACUCACUCACACACUCACUCACUCACUCACUCACUCACUCACACGCACAUACGUGCACACACGCACAGACAUUUCAUUCUUCAGUCAACAGAUGUUGUUUCUAAUUGAGUGUAUGAUAGGCAGUUCUCAAGGGCUACCUCAGGGAUCUUUUAAUAGGUUAGUUCCAGAGGACAGGUGCUCUCUCUCCCAUGGUACAUUUACAUUUAAGUCAUUUAGCAGACGCUCUUAUCCAGAGCGACUUACAGUUAGUGAGUGCAUACAUUUUUCAUACUGGCCCCCCGUGGGAAACGAACCCACAACCCUGGCGUUGCAAGCGCCAUCCUCUACCAACUGAGCUACAGGAGGCAUUGUUACCAUGGAAACCACAUGGUAGACCAAGGUCCCUUUAGGCUGAUAACUAAUGAAGAGAUAAGGCCAUAGCCAGUGUGUGUGUGAAAGAAAGAGAGAGUGAAAGAGAGAGAUAAGGUGCUGCAAUGUCACAGUGACCAUGUGUACCUGGUUUGGCUAGAAAUCUGCUUCUUGUUUUGUUAUUGACUAUUUCCUAUUGAUUGUUGACUAUUUAGUAUCUGUCUGUGUGUCUGUCUGUCUGAGUGUGUGUGUGUGUGUCUGUCUGUGUGUGUGUCUGUCUGUUUGUUUGUCUGUGUGUGUGUGUUUGUGUGUGUGUCUGUCUCGCUUUGUGUCUGUCUGUCUGCCUGUCUGUCUGUCUUCCAGGUGUUCAACACUUCUCUAUCAGAGCCGGUUCCUGAGGGAUAUGAGAAUGUCUCUGACAUCGUUCCUCCCUAUAGCGCCUUCUCAGCACAGGGACAACCAGUGGUAGGGUACACACACACACCCACACCCACACACACACACACACCCACACCCACACCCACACCCACACCCACACACACACCCACACACACACACACACACACACACACACACCCACACCCACACCCACACCCCCACACACACACACACACACACACACACACACACACACACCCACACACACACACACACACACACCACACACACACACACACACACACACACACACACACACACACACACACACAGAGACCUACUGACUGUGCAUGUUUCCUCAGGGUGACCUGGUUUAUGUGAACUAUGGGCGUACAGAGGACUUCUUCCAGCUGGAGAGAGAGAUGGAGAUUAACGUCACUGGGAAGAUCGUCAUUGUCAGAUAUGGAAAUAUCUUCAGAGGAAACAAGGUCUUUCUCUCUCUCUCUCUCUCUCUCUCUCUCUCUCUCUCUCUCUCUCUCUCUCUCUCUCUCUCUCUCUGUCCCUCUCUCUCUGUCUCUCUCUCUCUCUCUCUCUCUCUCUCUGUCCCUCUCUCCCUCUCUCUCUCUCCCCAUACUCUCUCCCCCUCCCUCUCCCACUCUCAUCCUCUCUCUCUCUCUCUCCAUCCCUCUGUAGGUGAAGAAUGCGAUGCUUCAUGGGGCAAGUGGUAUAAUCAUGUUCUCGGACCCUGCAGAUUACUGCGCCCCAGGAGUUCAGGUACUGUACAUAGAAUAUCAAUGAGUAGAAUAGACAUCCUAUUUAAAACAACAAAGAAAUAUGUGAACUGAGAAACUAUGUCCACUCUACUAUUUGUGAUUCUAUGUGCAGCCAUACCCCGACGGGUGGAACCUUCCAGGCGGAGGGGCACAGAGGGGUAAUGUCCUCAACCUGAACGGAGCAGGAGACCCCCUUACACCAGGGUACCCUGCUAAAGGUGUGUGUGUGUCUGUGUGUGUGUUCUUAUAGAGACAUGUAUGUUUCUGUGAUAAAGGGGGAAUAUAAACAUCCUCUCCCUCUCCUCCAGAAUACACUUACAGGUACAACCUGGAGGAAGGGGUGGGGCUUCCAAAAAUUCCAGUGCAUCCUAUUGGCUAUCAUGAUGCCAUCCAACUACUGAAGUGAGUAUUAUGAUGGCAGCCAAUCAGAGCUCACACACACACAUUUCCUGUGUGUAAUGUAACUUCCUGUAUGAUGUCACCCAUGGCAGGAAUAUGGGAGGAGACAUCCCACCCAAUAACUGGAAGGGAGCGUUGAAUGUGUCCUAUCGGAUUGGACCGGGCUUCACUGACGGCUUCAGUACGCAGUAAGACACAAUACACCUGGCCCUCUGUCCCUCCUUUCAAACCUCUCUCCCUUAGCCCUCUUUCUCCAUCACCAAUCUGUGUCUGUUUCUCUCCCUCUCUCCCUCUCCACCUCCUUUUUUUUGUUGUUGUAUUUUUUACCCCUUUUUCAUGGUUACGAUCUUGUCUCAUCGCUGCAACUCCCCAACGGGCUCGGAAGAGGGGAAGGUUGAGUCAUGCGUCCCACGAAACAUGACCCGCCAAGCCGCGCUUCUUAACACCCGCUUGCUUAACCCGGAAGCAAGCUGCACCAAUGUUUCGGAGGAAACACUGUUCAACUGACGACCGAAGUCAGCCUGCAGGUGCCAGGCCCGCCAUAAGGAGUCACUAGAGCGCGAUGAGUCAAGUAAAGCCCCCCUGGCCAAACCCUCCCCAAACGAUGCUGGCCCAAUUGUGCGCCGCCCUAUGGGACUCCCGGUCACGGCCGGUUGUGACGCAGCCUGGGAUCAAACCAACAGGCUGUAGUGAUGCUGCGAUGCAGUGCCUUGACAGCUGCGCCACUCGGGAGGCCCUCCCCUCUCUCUCUCUAAUUCUCUGAAGUGUUGCCCAGAGCAGUAGAAUAGAGGAUCCUUGUGUGUCCCUGUGAGAGAGAAAUAGACCAACGCACAACGAGUGGGGCUGAGGGAGCCUGCUCCCAGAUCUGUUUGUGCUUUUGCCUACACAAUUGUCGUUGUCAAGACAAACAUGUUCUGCAUGACAAUUUCACAAGGAGUUGGCAAGAGAACAGGAACAGAUUGGCACCAAGGCUAGGGGUGAGGGAGGGGGCUCUCUUUGUUACCAUCAACAACAGUGGAGGAGAAUUGGGGUUACUAAAACAACAACGACGUAGAGUGUCUGUCUCUGUCUCCUCUCUGUGGUUCUCAGGAAGGUGCGUAUGAACAUCCACACCAACAACCAGGUGACCCGGAUAUACAACGUCAUCGGGAAGUUACGAGGGGCCGUGGAGCCAGGUACCACUUCCCACAACCUUCUCUGAAUGUUCUAGUAAGGACCUGUUGACCUGGUUUAUGGAAACAUUGUAUGAGCGUUUGGCCCACAGCCUGUGUAGCCAGGGGACAUGACAUUGGGAGACAAUAGUUCUGUGGCCCAGUGACUAUAUGGAGCUUCCUAUACACAACUCAACACCAAUAACUAUCAUCACUGUUUCAUUUCAAAUACCUGAUCCCUCUCCCCCCUCCUCUCUCCGUUGUUGGCAGACCGCUAUGUGAUCCUGGGGGGCCACCGGGAUGCCUGGGUGUUCGGGGGGAUCGACCCGGUAACGGGAGCUGCCGUGGUGCACGAGAGUGUGAGGAGCGCCGGGAAACUGCUCAGAAAAGGUGUGUGUGUGGGGGGGGAUCAGAUUAACACACACAUGCAUUUAAACACACACACACACACCCACACACACACCCACACACACACACACACACACACACACACACACCACUAUGUACUGAGACAAGUCUUUAUGACUACAGCUGCAUCAUAAAAACAUAAAACAGCAGACACAGGUGUAAUCUGCAUGAAAAACUCUGCAUGCAAGAAUUCUAGAAUGUUCCCAUACUGUAGCAGUCUGGAGAAGUUCUCUGUAUUGUUCUAGAAUGUUCUAUCAGGCCUGUUUCCUUAUAUUAUGUUUGUCUUUGAGAAGUGGUGUGUAUUUUAGAGGUUCAAUGCAUUUGGCCCAGUGUGUUUUCUCUGGACUUUCAGUGUGUGUGUGUGUGUAUGUGCUAUAGGCUGGAGACCCAGGAGGACCAUAGUAUUUGCCAGUUGGGACGCAGAGGAGUUUGGACUGCUGGGAUCAACAGAGUGGGCUGAGGUACUACACACAUUAUGUGAGGUUGUGGCGAGGGAGAAGUGUACUGUAGUGCUCUGUUAACAGAGAGGACUAAACUCUAAUCUAAAUGUCUGUCCUUGACAGGAAAAUGCCAAAGUGCUGCAGGAGAGAGCAGUGGCUUACAUCAAUGCAGACUCAGCGAUAGAGGGUGAGUUUGUGUGUGUGUGUGUGUUGGGGUGGGGUUGGGAAGGUUGUCACAUAUGAAAAUGACACUCAGGUGUGUGUGUGUGUUUCUUUGUGUGUUGCAGGUAUGUACACAUUGAGGAUAGACUGCACUCCCUCCCUCCACAACUUGGUGUACGACAUCACGAAACAGGUAAACUUGAAUCAACUGUCUAUUUCUGGAUUACACUGUGACGUUUCGCUUUCCAGGAAGUAGCCUUGUAGUUUUUGAACUUUUGUACACUUUUUGAAUAGUAUUCAAUGGGCAAAAACAUUUUUUCAGCACAAAACUUCAUAAAAGGCAUCUGGCAGAAGUAAAUUCAUCCACAAACACAAAUGUAAUUUUAUAUAUAUCUUAAAUGACCGUGUUUUCACGAAUUUGAUCAAGCUCAUUCAAAAGAUUAGGGGACAUGAUAUGGAAGUAAAGCAGAAGAGGCGGUUACUUUCACAGGGUACAGACCGACAUUGUUCCCGACUAUACUGAGUGUACAAAACAUUAAAACUGCUCUUUCCAUGACAUAGACUGACCAGGUGAAUCCAGGUAAAAGCUAUGAUCCCUUAUUAAUGUCCACUUCAAUCAGUGUAGAUGAAGGGGAGGAGACAGGCUAAAAGGAUUUUUAAGCCUUGAGACAAUUGAGACAUGGAUUGUGUAUGUGUGCCAUUUAGAAGGUAAAUAGGCCUGUAUUUAUUUAGAAAUGUAAGUGCCUUUGAACGGGGUAUGGUAGUAGGUGCCAGGCGCACCGGUUUGUGUGAAGAACUGCAACGCUGCUGGUUUUUUCACGCUCAACAUUUUCCCGUGUGUAUCAAGAAUGGUCCACCACACAAAGGACAUCUAGCCAACUUGACACAACUGUGGGAAGCAUUGGAGUCAACAUGGGCCAGAAUACCACCUUGUAGACACCUUGUAGAGUCCAUGCCCCGACGAAUUUAGUCUUUUCUGAGGGCUGUUCUAUACAUCUAUAGUCACAUUGAACACCACAAUGGGUAUUGCUGCUACCUACAGGCUCAGAGUGGUCAUAGUAAGUCUUUAACAAAUUACAUGACCCCACACCUGCUGGUGCAUGCCAAUGCAGAAAACAUUAGUUUAUUCCACUCUCCAUCUCUGUGUAGGUGUCAAGUCCAGAAGAGGGAGAGGAGGGGGUGUCUCUGUAUGAGAGCUGGCACAAGCGGGACAACUGGACAGAUGACCGCGAUGCACCCAGGUCAGACCCAUCACCAACCACAAUAGACUUGUCACUCUGAUCACAUAUGCACUUUUAUUGAUUUAUUUUAUUUACAUUUCAGAUUUUUGUCAUUUAGCAGACGCUCUUAUCCAGUCUGACUUAUUUGGUGUAUAUAUUUUUUUUUAUAUGAACCAACCUUUUGUGGUUUUCCCUCUCUCUCUCUCUCUCUCUCUCUCUCUCCCUCUCUCUCUGUAGGAUCAGUAAGCUGGGUUCAGGCAGUGACUUUGAGGCGUAUUUCAUCCGACUGGGCAUCGCAGCAGGCAGGGCCCGAUACACCAAGAACAGGGUGAGGGACAUUGUUCUAGGGGCGGACAGGGGAACCUGGAGACAGGAGCACAUUGCAGAUGUCCUUUUGAUGCAAUACAAUAGCCCACCACCAAUAUGGGGGUUAUCAUUGGGAAUUUGAUGUAGGAAUAAACAUGAAUGUUUUUUCAUGCAAACAAACCUGUGUGUAUUCUACUUUGUAGAAGACAGAGCGGUACAGCAGCUACCCAGUGUAUCACAGUGUGUAUGAGACCUUUGAGUUGGUGGAGAGGUUCUACGACCCUUCCUUCCAGAAGCUCAGAGCCGUAGCUCAGGUCAGGGGAGGCCUCAUCUUCCUAUUGGCUGAUUCCCAGCUCCUCCCCCUGGACGCCAGCCAAUACGCUGGCUCUCUGACAAAGUAUGCCCACACCAUCGCUCAGCUGGGACAGAAACACCCAGAUGCUCUUGUGACAUAUGGGGUAUCAUUCGGUAAGAGAAAACACACACACGUUUACAUACAAAGACACUCAUUCUGAAUCCCCCAUCACCUACAAAGUCUAAUUUGUUUCUGUCCAGAUUCUCUGUUCUCUGCAGUGGAGAACUUCACUGUGGCUGCCAGGGACUUCCAUGAGCGUCUCAACACUCUGGACAGGACAGAGUAAGAGAGUGUGUGUGUGUGUGGUUUCCAGCGUGUCUUCAUAGGUGUGUGUAUUGUUGUGGAAGUGUGUUAACAGGUGUGUCCCCCUACUCUCUCAGCCCUAUACAGGUACGUAUGGUCAAUGACCAGCUAAUGUACCUGGAGAGAGCCUUCGUGGACCCGCUAGGUUUACCUGGCCGACCAUUCUACAGGUGAGACCCACGUAAAGCACAUACUCAGUGUUGUGUAACGUCUUCAUAAUCAGUUUAGAAUCAUAUUUUAUUUUUUUGCCUCAUAUUUUCUCUCACCCUCUUCCCUCUUUUCAGGCAUGUGAUCUUUGCUCCCAGCAGUCAUAAUAAAUAUGCUGGCGAGUCCUUCCCUGGCAUCUAUGAUGCGCUGUUUGACAUCGAGCACGCAGCCAAUCCCAAACAGGCGUGGGAGGAAGUGAGGCGACAGAUCAGCAUCGCUGCGUUUACCGUCCACGCUGCCGCCAUGACACUCACACCCCCUGCCUAACACACACACACACACACACA